AUGCCCACAACCAACCGCGGAGACGGACUACACUCGCAGGAUAUCAACAUGACCACCGGAGUGAACAGCACGUCUGCCUCCGCGGCAAGGUCGGGAAACCACCAGCAACGACAGCAAAACGAUAUGCAUCCACAAACCCACGCUGAUAACGAUAGCCCUCCGCACACAGCCGUCGAGUCGUGGGUCGAGGUCUCGUCGCAUCCAUCCUCCUCGUCCGUGUCUUCUAUCGGCGACGAGAUCGUCACGACCGGCUUGCGCGUCGGCUCAAAUGCUUACACCCGGAGACGACGCCUACACCCGUCAUCAUAUAAUCAUAUUCUGGCGCAGCAACAGCAACGACAGCUUGCGACUCGUGCUGCUGCUAAUACGAGCAGCCAAGAAGAGUAUGAAGAGAGCGAAACGGACUCGGACCAUCUUCUGUCCUCGUCAACCGAGAACAUCACCUCGGUCCCUAGCCUAAAUCCAACUCCGUUGCGCAGCGCGUAUCCCAUGCAGACGGACACGAGCGACGAGGAGGAGGAUGAUGACGAUGAAAAUGCCACGGCGCUGGGCUCGCGAAGGCCGUCUGAAUCUUUUCGCCCUCAGCCUAAUGCCUUUUCACAUCCGCCGUCUCACUUACAGCACCGUCACUCCACCAGCUCCGCCAUCCCUCAACAUCAUCCGCGCCCUUCUUUCGGUCAACGCAGCAGCACCAGGAUUGAACGACGGAGUCAGAAUUUCAUGUCGUCAAACUACCAGGCAGACAAUGAUGAAGCGCUGCGGUCUAGCCUGACGACGCUUCUCAGCUGCGCAGCCGCGGCAAGGGGCCGAAAGCAAGAUGAUGAGAAGCGCGCGAGUGAACGAACCGCACCAGUAGGUGGCCAACCUGUGAAUCUCCGCUUUGUACCGGAAAGCGAACUCAUGGAGCCUGCGCCCCGACCCACGGCAUCAGGAAGGGUUUUGAGGAGCGAACCUACGCCUUCGCCUCAGGCGACAACUCGGAGUACGUCGCCCGAAAAGGUGAAGCGAUCAGCAACGCCAACCCCGCCCAAUAAAUCCCCGCGGGCUACAAAGAAGAAGAAGAUGGCUGCUGGCACGUCGUCGUCGAGCGUAGAAGAGACCCUGAUCAGUCCCACCCUGCUUACGUGGGUUGUAGGUGCUGGUGUCGUCGUCUUGGUGAGCGUUGUCGGCUUUGGUGCUGGCUAUGUCAUUGGACGCGAAGUUGGGCGUCAAGAGACUCUGGACGGCCUGGCAGCAGCCAAUGCCAGCUCUGUCGUUACCGAAGGAGGCAGCUGCGGAAGGGAAGCCAUCCGGAGCGGAACUGGCACUCUCAAGCGCUUCCGCUGGGGAAGUGGCAUGGGUAGAAGUGUAGUUGCCUGA